GUCUGGGAUGCUGGCGCCCGUGCGGCGCCUGGCGGGGGUGCCCCUGGGCACCCUGCUGGCGGCGCUCGGCGUCGGCGUGCUGCUGUGCGUCGCGGCCACCCUCGGGCUGUACGGGGCGCUCCACGGGGGCCGCGAGCCGCCCGGCGAGGCCGCGGCGAUGCCACCGGACGUGGCGCCCGGUGGCCUUGGCGACGUGCUGCCUCGAGGCGAAGACGCGCUGCACUUCCUCUGGGUCAGCGAUUGCUCAGGCUACCAGGAAUGGCAGUCGCUGUCGCUGCUGUGGAGCAUCUACCGCGCCCAGGGCCCGGGAACCGGAGUCACUAGGCUCAUCAGCGGGUGCAGCAGCGACGAGCAGGCCGAGCGCCUUCACUCGCACGCCGCGCUGUUCCCGCGGGCCAACGGCCAGCGGGCCCCCCUGCUCUUCUUCACGGGGGCGCACGUGCGGAACGAGGAGCUCAACGACACCUACCCGCCGUACAACAGGCCGCACUCCAUCGCCGAAUGGGUCAAGACGCAGGCUGCAUGCACAUGUUGUUCGCUCAAUUUGAUGUUGCCUCUUGUCGAGCCCCCUGCUCCAUAUCUGUGA